AUACACUUGUUUUUAUAUCAAAUGUCCGUGUUCUUUUAUCGUUUUUUGAAUUAAUUAAAAAAAGACGCUUAUGCUUAUGAGUACAGUGAACAUUGUUAAUGUUUGUUCAAUUUAAGAGCAGGUGUGGUGCUCCAUCAAAGCUAAAGAGUUUCUUGCUUUCUUUUUUCUUUUUAAGAACUUAUUUUUCGUGAUGUUCUUCUCUGCAAACCGGUGUCGUCCAUCAUCAGCACGACGUCGUAAUAAAGUGAAGCGAAUCUAAAGUGUUUUGAUUAAUUAGCUGGAAAUUUCCCUUAUCUUUUCCAGUCAGCGGUCAGUUUUAGGAAGCGCGAGCCGGUGACGUAGCAACACGCUCUUUUCCGUUAAACUUUAUUGGCUCAAUAAUAGUACAUACAACACUCUAACUAAGGGUCAGUCUUUUUUAAUUUUAUUUUUGAGCGGGUUAUUUAUUAAUUACGUAGCUGAUAAACUGUCACUUUUAAUAAUAAACGAUAAGAGUAUCUUUUACGCACACAAAGCUAUUAAAUGAACGCAAGACCGCUGGGGGCUGAUGGUGAGACUUAUGGAGGGGUUCCCGGUGGUCUGACCUGUUAAAGCUAAAACUUUAACAACCCCAAAGCAAAUAAACACCAGAGGUUCCCUUGAUGCAGUACACAGUAUGAUGACAGUAUAACCUGCGUUCGUCCUCCAGCUUCACAAUGGCAUCCGUAACAGUUGGUGAAAAUCAGCUCCAGAGGAUAAUCAGAGAUCUGCAUGACGCGGUUGCUGAGUUGACCAAGGAGCAUGCGGAGAGUGGAGAACCCAUCACAGACGACAGCCCUAGUCUCCACAAGUUCUCCUACAAACUGGAAUACUUACUGCAAUUUGACCAGAAAGAGAAAGCCACUUUUCUGGGCAGUAGAAAAGACUACUGGGACUAUUUCUGUGAUUGCUUGGCCAAGAACAAAGGGACUAAUGAUGGCAUCCGAUUUGUCAAGUCUAUCUCAGAGCUGAAGACGUCUCUGGGCAAAGGUCGAGCCUUUAUCCGCUACUGCCUGGUGCACCAGCGACUGGCAGACACUCUUCAGCAAUGUCUGAUGAACCAGAGAGUCACAUGUGACUGGUACUAUGCCCGCAGUCCUUUUCUGAAGUCCCAUCUCAACGUCGACAUCAUCAAUCACCUGUAUGAGCUGAACGAGAUCCAGUUUGAUGUGGCAUCCAGAGGAUAUGAUCUCGACUCCGAGUGGCCCGCCUUUGCCAGGAGAACUAUCGGAUCAGCAGUUCCAGGUGCCCACCUGUGGAGACCGCCCAGCCGCUGCUCCAGUGUCAACAGCCUUGUCAGCAACUACUCACAGCAAGUGCAGGAAUUUCUCCCAGGCAGUACAGACCUGGGUACCAGUUUUCAGGCAGACCUUGGAGAACUUGGAGAACUCUCUAGUAGUGCUGUAGAUGACCUGCGUGUUGAACUCGACCAGUCAGAGCUACGAAAACAGCAGCUUCAAGAGCAGGUUCAUCUGCUUACUGACGAAGCAACAGAAUUAAAGCAGGAGGUUGCUGAUCUCCAAGUGAAGCUGCUUGCUGCUGAGAGUGCCAAUAAAAAGCCAUAUAAGGAGGAAGCAGGGAAGGCUGAAGUGGAGAAGCUGGAAGCUAGGUGCAAAACCGAGGAUUGGGCAAAGCAGGCUGAAAGAUUGUCCAAAGAACUCAAGGCUCAAGGGGAAAAGUUAAAAGAGAGUGAAGAAGCACUUGCCAAGCUCCGCACAUCCAGCGAGAAGGAAAGAACCAUUGCAGUCCAGCAGGCUGAUGAGCUCCAAGUGACUGUCAGUCACCUCAAUGAGGCAUUGUCUUUGAAAGAACAGGAGGCAAAGAAUUUGCAUACCCAGGUGCAGGACAUGCAAAGCUUGCUGCAGGAAAGAGUCCAACAGCUAGAGGAAGUGAAGAAGAAAGCACAACUUGAACGUGAGGAACUUCAACAAAAGAGCAGCAGCCUAAAGGAAGCACUAGAUAGUCAGAUUGUAUCACUGCAGGAACAGUUGAAAGCAAAGGAGAUCAAGCUCUCAAUCAGCAAUCAGAAGAUCCAGCAGUUAGAAAACAAGGAAAACCAGAGCAAGAAGCUGGAAGAGUACAAGACCCAGUGUGUCAGCUUAAUGGAGAUCAAUGCAAAGUUGGUCAGUACAGUAAAGAGGAGCGAGGAAAGCAACAAGGAGCUGGCUCAGACCAAAGCUGCUCUGGAAAGAGAACUGACCUCUCUAAAAGUCUCCGAAAAGCAGACCAAGGCCAGGCUGGGUUCGACUGGGCUUACAGUGGAGGAGAGAGAGAAGUUGUUUGUGGAGGAGAGCCAGUGUCUUGAGGAGAACACCCAGAAAUCCCAGAUGAAAACUGGGGCCAAUAUGAAGGAGAGACAUGGACAGCUAGAUAAUGGACUAAGCUCCAGGGAGAACAAGACAGUAUCUGAUCAAGAAUUAAAGGAUGUUCAAAAUGAAGAGGUAACAGAUCACAGGAAAGAUCUCCACCUAACACAGCACUCUCAAACUGGAGAAGCAGCUUCUAGACUAGCUCUAGCUGAAGCCCAACUAGACUUAAACAUGAAGGAGGUAUCCAGGCUCCAGGAGGAGGUUGUAGAUCUUCGAGCCCGGCUCCAAAUGACCUCAGAAGAGAGAAUGAAGAUCCAAGCUUUGCAGGAGGUGACUGAGGCCUCCAGGGCAGACCUUUCUGCUCAGACUGAGCAGCUCAAGGCCCAAGUGGAGGGCCUGAACCACCAGCACAUAGAGGAGCUCCUGCAUUGUCGGGAGAGGGAGGAGGCACUAGAAAAGAAGUGGGAUACUGAGGCCCAGGCUCGAGCCAGCCUACAGACUGAGUUGGACUCCAUGAAGGAGGAGCUUGACAUGAUGAAGAGACAGAACAAUGCCCUGGCCCUGGAGAAUGAAGAGGCUAAAGAGGCCCUUCACAGAGCCAAUACUGAGACCGCAGAGCUGGGCGUUCAAGUGUGUAUGCUGACUGGGCAGCAUGAAGAGGCUAGGUUGCGCUGUGAGGAACUCUCAGCCAAGCUGCAGGAGCUGCUGGUAGUGCAAAAUGACACACAGACCCUCAAAGACUCUGUGGAGACCCUGAGAAAAGAAAACGUUCACCUCCAAAAGGAGCUGAAACAAGCAGAGGGUCUCGCGAAAGACAUGAAGCAACAACAGCAGAGGCUUGAGGGGGCGCAGGAGGAGGCCAGGAGCUUGCGGAAAAGCAACCAGAGAGAGCUCAGCGCUCUUCAGCUUCAGCUGAGCGAGGCAACCACAUACCACCAAAACCAGAUGAAGGUUUUGAAUGAGGAGCUGCUGGGCACAAGGUCUCAGAUGGAAGCAGAGCAGGAAAAAGUGUCAUCCCUGGAGACCAGACUGGCAGAGCUUGAGGCCAACAACACCAGCCUCAGUGAGACGCUUGAGGAGAAAAACGCUUGCAUUGCCAAAUUUGACACGUUGCUUCAUCAGAAAGAGGAACAGCUCAACCAAAUACAAAGUGACUUGGCAAAGGCUCAGGAGGAACUUGCUCUCACCCAGAAAGCCUGUCAGGACCUGAGUGAGAACCUGCGCAGAGCGCUUAUGGAGAAGGAGACAUGCGAUCUCAAGUCGUCUGCAGAGAUAGACGAUCUUUACCGCACAAAGAGAAACCUGGAGGAAAGACUUAUCGAGCUUAUUCGGGAGAAAGAUGCACUGUGGCAGAAAUCAGACGCUCUGGAGUUUGAACAGAAGCUGCGAGCCGAGGAGCAGUCGGACCGAGAGCUUCCUUAUUGCUCUGAGUGUCACACACAGUUCAGCUGGUGGCUACGCCGACACAACUGCAAGCUGUGCGGUCGGCCUUUUUGCUACUACUGCUGCAGUCACGCAGUGAGCAGCCAGCAGGGCGGCGUCAGAGAGCGCUGCUGUAAGGACUGUUACACACGGCAUGGCGCAGCAGAGCGCCACCCUCAGGAGGAGCUCGGAAGUCCGUCUCGGGUGUCAUACAGCCCGCUGUGCUCGACUCCCACCAGAGCCUCCAUGCCCAGUGUCACAGUGGCACCUCAGUCCCCCAGGCCAGACGACGCAGCGUUCGAUAUCAUCACAGACGAGGAGGUGAACUGCAUUUACGACAGCGACACACUGCCCUACACCACAGCUCUGUCUCCAGGAAGUGGACAGCAAGGAACACAUGAGAUUAGCAGCAGUACGAGUGGUGGUGACCUCACUGCAGACGAGUCGGAGGAGCUGCCGAGCUCGGUGCAGAACGCAGAGAUCUGCCUGCUCAAGUCUGGAGAAGUCACGCUGUCCGUGCCGUUCAGUGUGGAGGAGAUCUCCAACUUCGGUCAGGAGUCCAGAGAACUCUUCAUAAAGUCAAGCUGCUACAGUCUCAUCCCUAUCACCGUGGUUACUGCUGGACCAACCAUCAGCUGGGUGUUUUCCUCGACGCCAAAGAGCAUCUCCUUUAGCGUGGUGUACAGAGAGAGCACAGACAUACCACUGGAGCAGGCCAAGGUUCUGAUCCCUUUAACCAGGUGUAACUCUCACAAGGAUGCAAUCCGGGGCCAGGUGAAAGCUCGCAACCCCGGAGAAUACGCACUUAUCUUCGACAACUCCUUCUCCAGAUUCAUCUCGAAAAAAGUGCUGUACAAGCUGAGCGUGGAGCAAACGGUGGUCUACGAUGGCAGCGACUGACCGCAAAACAGGGAAGCACUCAUCAUACACACUUCUGUCUGUCUGGGUGAAGAGACUUCUGGUGUAUGAGUGGACUGAAGAGUUAUCGAGCCUUUUGUGUUUUCAGGACAAUUUAAUUUCUCCAUAAAAAGCCAAACUCAUGCCGAGAGCACAACGCACUACUGAUAGGACACGUGAUUAUUUAGACCAAAUCAGCUUUACAAGGUGUUCCAGAAAUCUAGCUUUCACGUAUGAAGACUCUGUGAUCACUGAAAUACGAUGAUUUUUUAAAGGUUUUUUCCUGAUAUGUGGACUGUCUUCACAGGAGGUUUAGGUUUUAAGAUACAUUUUGUUAGUACAGAAAGCAUUUAUUUAGUCAAGUGACCAAUCAAAGCAAAAGGUGGAUAGGAUAGAGAGUGUGUGAUCGAGAGCUGGAGAUGACGUGCACUACAAAUCAUGCUGCGCUUUAAAUAUUUGCUGCGUUACAGGAAAGUCUGUGCUUAUUAAACGAAAUCUAUUUUUACAUACUUCAUGAUCAACUCCAUUAACAUACAGACUGAAUAUUAAAUGUAUAGCAGAUGAGUUUUUAAAAAGAGUCAAAGAGCUUUACGAUGCUUUUAAUUCAUCCCAUUAAAAUAAGACAUUUCUUACACUAAAGUAAUGCUACAUAGAAAGUCUUAUAUGCACAGGCGUGUUCAUGAGAGCACAAGCUUCAAAUUAAUUUUUAUCUCAGACAGCACUCGUUAUCUGAGAACAGCGGUUCCGCACGUUUAAAGGUUUUCUUGAGCGUCUCGGAGCGAUUAUGCGUACGCCGAGAUGAGCUGUGUAAUCGUACCAAGCACAAGCACACCAUAAUAAUCUGACUGUCACGUUUUUACAGCUCACUGUGCGUUUUCUGUUCCGCUGACGUGACGAGAAAUUUUAUAAGCAAUAUCUUUGCUGCUCUGUAUUUAAAUGAGACUCCUGAUCUGUAACUCAGCGGGCCGAACCAAGUUGAACCCAAUACAAAGUGGAAUUAGUCUUUUCGUUGCAGAGGAUGAUUUCUACUGAUGAGAAUUAAAGGGGUGGGUUGAGAAUUCAAAUAUUUCCCAAUUUUCCAUCCAAGAGAUGUUUGGUGUACGAAAUACGCGUUUGUAGUUUUGCACUGUAGCUAUAAAGCUAAUGGAAGACUCUCAGGCAAAAUGUUGCCAGAAAUUCAAACCUACGUUUUCAUAUAUUUACUUGAAAUUACACUGAGCCUCAUUUUAACAAGCUUUUAGUAAAGCUGUGUGUAAAUGAAAUUUCCUUAAUGCUGAUUUUGUUCGUACUAAUGUGCACACGGUGAUAAAAGCCGAGCGAGUUUAUGGAACAGCUUAUUUACAUUUAGCCCCACCCACAAAACUCCAUAAAAGGCAAAGCUCAAAGAGCUGAAAACAACAAAAUGAUGUAUAGUAACUCUUUCACCUUUUAUAGGGUGCCAUUUCUUUUGUCCUAGUGGAAUAUCUAUUCUGAUUUGCUGUAAUUUAUAGAUUUCUUUCAAGUCAUUAAUCUGAGUUUGACAAAUUUUGUUAAAUUUGAGUGUAAAACAAAUAAAUAAGGGAUUUACACUUGACAGUGUAAUCCUUAUAUAAAAUUUCAGUAACUCAUCACCAAUUAUGCGAUUUUAAACAGUUGAGGUUCUGAACUUUUUCCCGAACUAAAUGGAUUUUCAUGAAACCACUUUUUGUGCUCCUGUGUAUUCAGUAUUCAGUUUUAUAGCACUUUAAACAGCCUCACAAAGCGGCUUUACAGAAAUCCCGAUGUAGAUUCAGAUCUCUUUGCGCACGCCAGAGACAACUAUGGUGAGAAAAAUCUUCCUGAGAUCACACGAGGAAGAAAUAAGAGUCCUGGGAUGAGCAGUUUUACAGCAAACAGUUCAACAAACAACUUUCUAAUAGCAAGGAUAGUGUUCACAAAGCUAUACUAUCAUAACCCUACAAAUUUUGGGAGGCGGGGCCUGGGGGAGAUGUCCAAGAUGGCUGCUCGCAUAACAUUACAGCAUUUACAGUAAUGUCCUGAAUCACAUCAGUAAGUGUGUGUGAUAUCACUCGAUGCGAUUUGAGGCAGAUAUUUACAGAAACGAUUUUGGGUGAGAUAGACUUCUGUUACUUGUUUGCCACGCCCCCUAAAGUAGGUCUAACAGGCAAAAAGGCCACGCCUCCUUUAUCAGGACUGAUGUGUAACUUAUUAAUUUGUUAAAACUUGUAGUUGUUUAAUUUAAUUAUUUAAUAUAUUUAAUUUACAUAGGUGAGCUUAAUAAUCAGUGUGCCAUUUAAUAAUAAUAGUUUUGUUUAUUGUUUUUUUUAUUUAACUUCGGACAGCAAACAUGUCUUGGCUAAUUGACUACAUUUGUGGAAAAAUGGAAAAUGGGGUAAAUUGGAUUUUUCUCUAACCUCUUCCCUCUGUCACUUUUGCAGAAAUGCACUUUUUGGACUGUUUUUAACUCUGUUUUUAUUCGAGUGAUGUACUGUACAGUGGUUUACUGUAAGCACAUGAUCUACAGUAGGACACUGGGAUUAGAUGUAUGGGACUGAUUGAUUAAAGGACUGUAUGAAAUGCCUGUAUGGUACAGUUACAUCAUAGUAAUAAAUUGAACUGACUGUGAAUAAACUGACAGCAGCGUUUGGCUGCUGUAUCAAACAA